AUGGCGGAUCAACAUCGUGAAGAGGAAGAACACGAUCGACAUGACGAAGAGGAAGUUACCUUCCCGGAAAAUAGCAUGGACAUUUCCGACCAAAUUGGAAGGGCGUUGGAGAAAUACACUCCACUUUUACUUAAAAGGCUAAACCAAACAAUGGAAGGGGCUAUGAAUGAUCAUAUAGCCCAGAUGAUUAGACAGGAGGUUGCUCUAAAUGUUCAGCGAGAAUUUGAAAAGAGAGAUGGAAAAGGGAAGGGUAAGAAGAACAAUGAAGAUGAGGAGGUGGAAGUAAUGGGGGAGAAGUUCCACAAGAAGAAGUUCUCUUUUAAGGAUUUUGAUGUGUGUCACCCUACUGAAUAUCAUGGUGACCGCAACCCCAUCGUUUGUACCAGAUGGGUGUCAGAGAUUGAAGGGUCUUUUCGCACCAGUCAAUGCCCUGAGGAUCUUAAAGUGGUGUAUGCUGUGAGCAUGUUGAGGGAUAAAACGAAGAGAUGGUGGGACAACUUAUUGUUGGUGAAGAAGGAAGCACUUGAUAACGUGGAUUGGCCUGAGUUCAAGACCAUGUUCUAUAAGGAAUUUAGAUCAGAGGCGGAGGUGACUAGGUUGAGGAGUGAAUUCCUCAAUGAAUCUCAAGGAACCCUUAGUUUGACGGAGUUUCGUGCCCAAUUUCUUGAUAAGGCACAAUUCUGUCCCGAGUUCUUAGAGAAUGAGCACUUGAUGAAGGAGCAGUUUUAUAUGAAGUUGAAGAAGAUUUUGAGGGAGAGGAUUAGUUUACGUCAAAUGGAGUCUUUCUCCAUGUUGUGUGAUGUGGCUCGAGAUUACAAGAUCGAGCAAACUAGAGUUGAUGAGAAUGAGGUGAAGAGAAAGUAUGAUGGGGAUAAUUCACCAAAUAAAAGGUUUAAACAAGAAGGUGCUUCCGGUAGUAAUGCCUUUAGAAGAAAUGCUCCCUUUUGCAAAACUUGCAAGAGAAAUCAUCAUGGCUCGUGUAGGGAGAAAGCUUUCUACAACUGUAGGAAGACGGGCCAUGUGAGUCGAGAUUGUAGGUCGAAGCCCCAUAAGCCCCUCAUUUGCUUUAAGUGUUUUGAAGAGGGACAUAUGAAGAGCUCAUGUCCUAAGCUAACCGAAGAAGAGAGACAAGAGGAACGAAGGAGAGAGGCCAAAAGAAAGAAUGCAUUGGCACACGGCAAUCAGCGGGGGAGGUCCUUCCAACUUACCGUGGAGCAAGCUAAGAACGCUGAUGACGUAGUUAUAGGUACCUUUCUUAUGUAUAAUGUGCCUAUGCGAAUUCUUUUUGACUCCGGAGCGAAUAGAUCAUUUGUUGCAACUAGGAUGAUUCAUGUUAUUCCUAUGUCUAAAUCGAGUUUAGAUCAUACCUUACAAGUUGAGGUCAGGGACGGGAGGACGGAGAUAGUAAGAGAUGUGUAUAAAAAUUGUGAAAUGAAAAUUGUUACGGAAUUCUUCCAAGUUAACUUAAUUCCCUUCCCAAUGGGAGAAUUUGAUGUGAUUUUGGGUAUGGAUUGGUUGAGUUCUUGUAAUGCCAAGAUAGCGUGUGACGAAAAGGCGGUUUAUUUGAAGACCUCUAAAGGUGAAGACUUGAUAGUAUAUGGUGAUAGAACUGGGCGUCCGAUAUCCGUUUGUACUUUUGCUUGUGCCCGGCGUUAUUUGUCUCAUGGAUGUCAUGCAUACCUUGCUCACAUCGUUGAUGUUAAGAAGAAAUCUCUAUCUAUUGAAGAUAUCCCCAUAGUUCAUGAUUUUUCCGAUGUUUUUCCCGACGACUUGCCGGGUGUUCCUCCCGAGUGGCAAGUUGAGUUUUCUAUUGAUCUUGUUCCAGGGGCUACCCCCAUUGCUAAGGCUCCCUAUCGAUUGGCACCAACGGAGAUGCAAGAAAUGAUGAAGCAACUCCAAGAGUUACUAGAAAAGGGGUUCAUUCCCCCUAGUAAUUCUCCUUAG